UUCCUCGGCGCUACCUGCGAGGUGGCUGCCAUCUCCUUUGCGGCAUCAUGGCUGCCCUCCGGCCUCUGGUGAAGCCCAAGAUCGUCAAAAAGAGGACCAAGAAGUUCAUCCGGCACCAGUCAGAUCGAUAUGUCAAGAUUAAGCGGAACUGGCGGAAACCCAGAGGUAUUGACAACAGGGUGCGGAGAAGAUUCAAGGGCCAGAUCCUGAUGCCCAACAUUGGUUACGGGAGCAACAAGAAAACCAAGCACAUGCUGCCUAGCGGCUUCCGGAAGUUUCUGGUCCACAACGUCAAGGAGCUGGAGGUGCUGCUGAUGUGCAACAAGUCUUACUGUGCUGAGGUUGCUCACAAUGUUUCCUCCAAGAACCGAAAAGCCAUCGUAGAAAGAGCAGCGUAG